UAUCUAUUUAAUCAUAAUAUUUGUAUAUUUGAUAAUCGGAUUUAUUUGUGGAAGGGUUGUGUUAUGUUUGAAUUAACUCAAACGCUGAUGAUGAAAACGUCAAGUUUUGUCGAUAUGAGAUGAGCAGUGACAAUUUUUUAGGUAUUUCUUACGAUCUUAAGAGAGACUGAUCGGUUUCUCAUCGCCGGGGUUUGGCUACAGCACCGGUGUGACUGUGUAGCAGUACAACACAACUGUAUGGGAAACUGUUCUUUCUCUCUCUGACUCUCUCGAUCCAAAGUGUUGAGUUAGAUAGUUCGCUUACACAAUGUUAUUUUUAAUACCUGCACCACCGUUACAAAAUGAUUUUUUGUGUACCUAACGUUUAGUAUCGUCGUUUGUUCUGCAUAAAUCUCCACGUUAGGAAAGAUAACAGACACCAGCGGUCUUCCUCUUUUGUAGCGGCUUCUGAGCCGGCUUGUUCAUCUGUGGCUGCUACAGCCUCGAAAGCCAUUGUGAUAUUUAUACUACUAUUAUGGAAGUAUCACUAUUGUUAUCCGCCAUUGUUAUAUUGGCUAUUGGCUGUGAUGGUAUUGUGGGAGCGGAACGACGAUAUGACCAGUGCGGUAUCUGUGAUGGAGACAGCUCCACAUGUCAAAGAAUAAAAAUUGAGUUUGACGAACGGAAUUUACCAGCGGGAUACAACAAGGUGGGAACCAUUCCUGUCGGCGCUUGCAACAUUACUUUGACAGAAAGAAAGCCAACCGGGAACGUAUUCGCACUCCGUACGCCACGCCAGUUUUUUCUAAACGGCCAAUGGACAGCGAGUCCCACUGGCGAUUAUCCGGCAGCGGGAACAGUUUUCCGCUACCAGCACAUCAUUAACGGCAACUCACUGCGACCGCAUGGCGAACGGAUUACCGCCCGGGGUCCGCUCACCGAAGACAUCGAAAUUAUUCUUAUCACGAAAGUUCCAAAUGAAGGAAUAAUUCUGGAAUACACCAUCUCCACCCAGCGCAACCACCGUCACAGCGAUGCGGGAUCGCCAAGCCGUCGCCACCGCGCCGACAAUUAUUACCCGGAUUACGCAUCCAACCAGGUGCACCGCGGAGACAUUCCGUCUAUUGCCGAGGAUUUUGUUGAUCAACCCAUCCAGGUGGAGGCCGACCACACCUCCGUUCCCGAGAUCAGCAAUGAAAUUCCCGUCACACCUGAACCCCGUCAGCCGGAGCGCUACCGAUGGACCGUGGCCGGAUACACCGCGUGCAGCCGAACUUGUGGACGCGGGGUCAAGCAUUCGCGCUUAGUGUGUAUGAUGGAAAGCAGCCGGCAGAUAGUGGAUGACAUCUAUUGCGCCAGUGUGGUGAAGCCGGCUGUGUUUCAGGAGGCAUGUAACGAGCGACCUUGCCGGGCUGAGUGGCAGUACGGUGACUGGAGUGCGUGCAGUGUGACCUGUGGCACCGGUACACAGACGCGGGAAGCCCGCUGCCGUGAACAGCAGAGUGACGGCACCUUUGCCGAUGUGGGCGACGAGACUUGUGGCACUCAACCGACGCACAGCAUGCAGCGUAGCUGUCAAAUGGCACCUUGUCAGCCGCGUGCCAGUUAUUACUGGCGAAGUGGGGAGUGGAGCACGUGUGAUGCAACGUGCGGACGGGGCACUCAGCGACGACAGGUAAAGUGCUUUGAUCAAGUGUACGGCAGCGAAGUGGGCGAUCAGAAAUGUCGGGAGCCGAAACCGGCCGAAACCCAAGCUUGCGACGGUGGUGUCUGCGCUGGAACGUGGCUCGUAUCGGAAUGGAAUCACUGCUCAAAUGGGUGUGGCAACGGCCAAACCAACCGGCAUCUGGUGUGUUUCAAAGAUAACCGCCCUCAGGAUGCUCACAUGUGCGAUGCAACUCAACGUCCGGAAACGCAUCAAACCUGUACUAGCCAGAAAGAAUGUGGCGGAAGGUGGUUCGAAGGACCGUGGAGUGAUUGCUCCGCUCCGUGUGGUGUCGGCUCACAAACUCGCCCGGUCAUCUGCCUGUCGCAAACAAGCUACGAUCGACGAGGACAGUGCGAAGUUCUCCCGGAAUCGGAAUGCAAGUAUCAUCCCAAACCGGAAACGCAGCGACAGUGUCAAAGUUCACCUUGUCGUGAAGGAACAUGGUACACUUCCCCGUGGAAUCCGUGCAGUCAUUCCUGCGGCGUCGGCGUUCGAUCACGCCAAGUGGUUUGCUUGAACCAACAUAAGGAGCUCUCGAAUGAUUGUUUGGAAGACGUCAAGCCCAGCACGCUGGAAUCAUGUGGUACAGAUGUCUGCCCGUCAUAUGACGACCGGAAUCUAGGUGCUCAAGGCAGCGUGAAUCCCUCGUGGGUGGCUUAUCCCUCAGUUGACCUUAACAAUAAAGCUGGUACCGGUUAUGAGCCACCACAGUAUGAUCCGUAUCGGCGACCAGUUGACCUUAACAAUAAAGCAGGCACCCUCAACGAUCGACAGGAUGAUGCGCGUCGCCGACCGGUGGAUCUUAACAACAAGGCCGGUACUCAGUACGAUGCGCAACCGCAGCAGGACUACCGUCCUCCUGUUGACCUUAACAACAAAGCCGGCACGCUGUAUGACGCGCAGCCGCAACAAGAUUAUCGGCCGCCGAUUGACCUCAAUAACAAGGCGGGCACACUGUAUGAUGCCCAACCGCAACAGGACUAUCGUCCUCCUAUCGAUCUUAACAACAAAGCCGGAACAUUAUACGAUGCUCAGCCCCAGCAGGACUACCGUCCACCGAUCGACCUCAACAACAAAGCGGGAACAUUGUAUGACGCGCAACCACAGCAAGACUACCGUCGCCCAGUUGACUUGAAUAACAAGGCGGGCACACUGUACGAUGCGCAGCCCCAACAGGACUAUCGCCCACCGGUAGAUUUAAACAACAAGGCCGGAACGCUGUACGAUGCUCAACCGCAGCAAGACUAUCGGCCACCUGUGGAUCUGAACAAUAAGGCAGGAACUCUGUACGACGCGCAACCCCAACAGGAUUACCGGCCGCCAGUGGACCUCAACAAUAAAGCAGGAACCCUGUACGAUGCUCAACCACAACAAGACUAUCGACCACCCGUCGAUUUGAAUAAUAAAGCCGGGACGCUUUAUGAUGCGCAGCCACAGCAAGACUAUCGCCGUCCGGUUGACCUUAACAACAAGGCGGGUACACUGUACGACGCCCAACCCCAACAAGACUAUCGUCCGCCAGUGGAUUUGAACAACAAAGCUGGAACGCUCUACGACGCUCAGCCACAACAAGAUUACCGACCACCCGUUGAUCUGAACAACAAAGCGGGAACCCUCUAUGAUGGCCAACCGCAGCAAGAUUACCGUCCGCCGGUUGACCUAAAUAACAAAGCCGGCACACUUUACGAUGCUCAACCACAGCAGGAUUACCGUCCUCCGGUCGAUCUGAACAAUAAAGCGGGAACUUUGUAUGAUGCACAACCGCAGCAAGAUUACCGUCCACCGAUCGAUCUGAAUAAUAAAGCCGGUGUCCUCAAUGAUCCACCCGUGGAUCUUAGCAACAAAGGUCCACGCUACGCCGACCCGGCACCGCGCCGUCCACCGCCGGCCAUACAUUCGCGCAAGGGUGAUUCCGGUGUGCGUCGCACACCUCCGCCGCCGCCCCCUCCACCACCCACCACGCCACGCCCAGUGGAGGCGGGACCUCAGCCGGGACGCGGCGACACUCCCUAUUAUCCCGCGUCUGCCGCCAGAAGCAGUCAAGCUCGGCGCGCCGCAAAUGGGGUACGGAAUCGAACGGCCAGCUCGUCCAGGAGGGUGGACAUUGAUGUGGGACAAUCCGGCCGCACUCGGACCAAUCGCAACGGCGGAAGGGCCCGUCAAACCACACCCUCACGGGACUGCGUGGACAGUAUCGACCGCUGCCGGACUGUAGUGGAGAUGGCCUUCUGUCGCUAUGAUUAUUACAAGAAGAUGUGCUGCAAAUCAUGUGCCGGACAACAAGGUUAGUUUCCUCAGCGAUCGUCGUUUCCGGAUAUUAUGCGUGGGAGCUACAAUCAUGACACAACUGACUCAAUCUACACUUCUACCACUGUUCACCAAAUAACAUGAAUUCCAUGUUGUCCAUUUCAUGACAAAACGUUUUUCUGGCUCAUAAUUUACUCUUUUCUCGGCUUCCUUUUUUGUGCCUUAUGAAUUUUUGUGCUUUAUUACUGUAGCUAAUUAUAAUAUUGAUGAGACUCUGUUGGCUUUUGUUGCUUUCCUUUACCUUUGAAUCUUUUUCAAGCCAUUUGUAAUAUUAAAUCGGUUUUAACAAUCGGCUCACUUCAGUACUAAUAACAUGCACUGCAGCAGAAA